UUUCUUUUUUUAAUACUUUCUUUUGUCAAACAUCUUACUUGCCUAGAUGUCACGUUAAGUAUUAUUUAUUUCUUUAAUUAUUUUUAUUGUUACACUAAAUAAAAAGAAGUUAAGUUUUCAGUUUUACAGAAACAUUUACUUUUGCCCUUUGGCUACUGAAGUAAUAUGAUAAUUUGCAAACCUCUUUUUUUUUUUUUCUCUAUGGGAUACUAAAUUGUAGAAAAUGACAGCUUAACUGUCUAUUUUGCAGAUUGAUGUAGGCAUUGGAUCUUCACCAUUUGCAAAAUCACAGGGCCCGGAAUGACUCAUUGAUAGUGGAUGUUUGCCAGGUGAGUGGGAAUUAAAGUCUUCUUUCUUGAAAGCUAUAUUUCUUCUUUCCUUGAACCAUAAGCAUUUAUUUUUUCCUGUACUGGUACGAAAGUAUUUUCUUCUCUUACAAUGUUUAUAUGUUAAUGGUCAAGGUCAAUAUAAGUCGACACUGGUUUGCCCAGCAUGUGGAAAGAUUUCAAUCACUUUUGAUCCCUUCAUGUAUUUGUCGUUGCCGCUACCUUCAACUGCAACUCGGCAAAUAACCGUGACUGUGUUUUAUGGCGAUGGAAGUGGUCUUCCUAUGCUAUACACUGUUAGUUUGCUAAAGCAAGGUUGCUGUAAAGAUCUUAGUGAACAACUAAGUACUGCUUGUUGCUUGUUGCUUGAAUGUUGAUGAGAUUCUUCUGCUUGCAGAGGUUUAUGAACAUAAGAUUUUUUGAUAUUUGGAAAACCCCUCAGAGCUAUUGGCUCCAAUUAAGGAGGAUGACCACUUAUAGACUUUCUAAAAACGUCGUGGGAAGAUCCAGAGUUGAAAUAAUUCAUCGACCACAUGAAAAGUGCCCGUCAGACAGUGUUAAGGGUUGUCAGGGAAAGCUUAUCGGUACCCCUUUUGUUACUUAUUUAAAAGAGCCAAUAUGUGGAGCCAAUGUUGAAGCCGGUGUUACUAGAUUGUUGUCACCUUUGAAGAGAACGCGUCCUUCAGUUAAGCUCCAGAAUGGUAAGGAAAAUGGAUUUGAAAAAGAGGUUAUUGAAGAACCAUCAAACAACUACAAUUCUAAGAACCUGUCAAUGGAUGAUACAGAAGUAGAGGAAAAAUCCAGCGAAGCGUUAUUUCUGUGUUGAAAGUAGUAAAUUUUAGACUCCUUGAAUACUUAAAGAAUAUUUUGUUGUUGAUGACAA